GUCAAUAGCUGGUUGAGAACUAUUUCUAGAGGUGUAUCUGUACAAUCAUUCAUUCAGAUGGAUUUUCUUCACAAAUCAGAGUGCACAAAUCCGGGUGUCAAAUCAGAACAUAGUCAAUUUUCGACAUCAUGUCCGGGGGUAGUGAGGAUAGUCACAUAUACUCAGAUCGUGAGGGUUUUACGAUCAUCGGAAAUCGUUUAAAAUUCGCUCUGACCGAUUCCAAGGAUCAAAGCACUGAAACUGUGAAAUUAGAGGAGGUGAACAUCUAUGGAGGUCAAACAGUGAAGGCGAGCGUAUAUGAAAAAAGUGGAACAGUUCAAAUCUUGAAAAGUUAUACAAUCAUUGAGUAUGACGAGAAGGGAAUCCCCAAGUCACGCAACUCGUUCGAUUCAAAGGGACGUCCGAUCCGUCGAUAGGAGGAGUUCUAUUCAGACUAUCCGCUAUCUCUUCUAAGCUCGAGAACAAUCUCGAAUUUCAAUUCUUGUAACUGCGUGUGAGCAGUUCUUCUGUAACCAAAUACUUUCUCAUCUAAAGCUUUCAAAGAUGUUUGCU